GGUGUCAUUCUUUAUAUAAUUUACUAUUGACGAAUAAAUAUUGCCGUUACAUUUCUAUUGGUCAAACAGCUGAUGUCAAACUUGACACAGUCUAUGAUUGGCUUUUACUUUUAUUCUUGCAGUCUCGCGGAUAAAAAUGGCUGUACUGUUGAUUUCAUGCAUUGCUCCUUUUUAUGAUUAAUAUUCUCGUAAAUAAAACUUAAUUAGUAAUACAAGAACUUUUUUAAUUUAUAGCUUUUAAAACAAUUUUGUUGUUUUCUUACGCCCAGUGACAAGAUGUCGGAUAGUAACAGCUCAAACGUGAUAAGCUAUUUGAGGCAGUAUAGGUUUCAGAGAAAACCAAAUGCGGCAGGGACCACCAUGCCUGUUACGGUUACGUCCUCGCCGUCAAGCUCUCACACAAUAGUUAGAAUGCCUGCACCGAAUUCUGGAAAUAAAAACGGCUUGGUGGUAUACAAACGCAUCAGGAUCCAGGACUCCGACUCUGACGAGUCAGCCACUCCGACCAAGAAGCCAGCAGUUGAAACUGAACUUUCUACAGCCGUAAGGGAGAGACGCUUCAAAAACAUGAUGCAAAUAUUCCCUGAAAUUGAUCCCUUGUUUGUAAAAGAUAUACUAGUGAAACACGGCUGGAAUGAAGAGAGGUCGCGGGACGAGCUCCUGAAGUAUGACCCUGAGAGUAACGAUCGGGGAACUGGCACGUCCAACUUUUUCCCCAAGCCUGGUAUCUCAGGUUUGAAGUCUAAUGGGAACAUGAGCAUUGUGAGGGUGACUAGUUCGGCCACUCCUUCCAAGCCCAGAAUUAGUGUGGUUAUGAAGAAACCUUUGUCCGACAAGGGCGGCAGAGGUCGACAGGGUAGUAGUGGAAGUGAGGAUGAAGACUAUGGUGUUAAGAAAGGGAAAGAUGACAGGGUAUAUGAUAGUGAUGAUUCUGAUAAUGAGAUCUCGGACGAGCUCAUGGGUGAUAAGAAGAAGGUGUUCGAGUUCCUCAACAAUAGUAACCUCAACGAGCUCUCGCUUCUGAGUGGGUGCUCACAGAAAAAGGCUGAGGCGAUCAUCGCCCUAAGACCCUUCAAAGGCUGGCUAGAUAUGGUAGAAAAAUUCAAUAGCAACAAAAUGUUAAGCACUGACUUGCUAAACUCAACCCAAGAGCUGCUGUCCACAAGGAGCAAUAUACAGCGGCUGAUGAGGAAAUGCGUAGGGCUGGCACAACAGCUCGAGGGGGCGGUAGCGGCCGGCGCGAGCAGGUUGAAACAACCGGGCAUUUUAGAUACUAGUUUAAAACUCGCCCCGUACCAAUUGGUGGGGCUCAACUGGCUGGCGGUGCUUCACAAGCAGGCCGUGUCGGGUAUACUGGCUGACGAGAUGGGGCUCGGCAAGACGGUGCAGGUGAUAGCCUUCCUCGCGCAUUUGAAGGAGACGGGCCAGGCGAGGGGCACGCAUUUGAUUGUAGUACCCGCAUCUACACUAGACAAUUGGAGCGGCGAAUUAGCACGCUGGUGUCCCUCCCUUCGUGUUAGCAAAUACUACGGACCUCCCGAAGAGCGAAGACAAUUGCGGAUAGAAUACGCCAAGCAUCUCAGUAAUUAUGACGUCGUUCUUACUACUUACACAAUGGUGAGCAGUUGCCCGGAGGAGCGCAAGAUGUUCCGGAUCACGCCCAUGCACUACGUCAUAUACGACGAGGCGCACAUGCUCAAGAACAUGUCCACGCAGAGAUACGACAACCUGCUCAAGAUUAAGUCAAGACACCGCCUGCUACUGACCGGCACGCCGCUACAGAACAAUCUGCUGGAGCUGAUGUCGCUGCUGUGCUUCGUGAUGCCGCACAUGUUCUCGGGGAAAACGGAGGACCUCAAGAGUCUCUUCCAGAAGAAUUCUAAAUCAAAAGCGACGAAGAAAACUGACGGCAACCAGGAGGACGAUGUACCAGCAUUCGAACAGAGUCAGAUAACUCAAGCCAAGAGGAUAAUGAAGCCGUUUGUGUUGAGAAGACUGAAGAGAGACGUGCUGCAGGACUUACCCAAGAAGACCAACCACACGGAGCUCUGUCCCAUGUCUGAGAGGCAACAAAGUCUGUACAAGCAGCUCGUAACUGGAUUCUCUGCUAAGGAUGGCUUGGUGCACGCAACAACGGAGCAGAGUGGUAUCUCUAUGAUGAUGGACAUGCGGAAGCUCGCCAACCACCCGCUACUGUUGCGGUACCACUAUCAGGACGACCAGGUUCGCAAGAUGGCCGCGCGACUGGCCAGAGAUCCGACGUACAAAGAGAAAAAUGAACAGUACGUCUAUGAAGACCUCAUGUGCAUGUCUGACUUCCAAAUACACCAGUUGACUCUGGUUCAUAAUUGUAUUAGCUCAUUCUCAGUUCCGGAGCACCUGAUCCUCGACUCGGGGAAGUUCCAAAAGCUGGAUGAAAUGCUACCUCAGUUGAAAGAAGACGGGCACCGGGUGCUCGUGUUCAGCCAGUUCACCAUGAUGCUUGACAUCCUGGAGCCGUACCUGGAGGCCAGGAGGCAUCGAUACCUCCGGCUCGACGGUAGCACAGCUGUGAAUGAUAGACAAGAGUUAAUAGACCAGUACAACGCGGAGGACAUCUUCGUGUUCCUGCUGUCGACGCGCGCCGGCGGGCUCGGCAUCAACCUGACUGCGGCCGACACGGUCGUCAUACAUGACAUCGACUUCAAUCCGUACAACGACAAGCAGGCCGAGGACAGAUGCCACCGGAUGGGUCAAACGCGGCCGGUCACAAUUUACCGGCUGCUGAGCUCCGGCACCAUUGAGGAGGGCAUCUACCAGGUCGCACAGGAGAAACUCAAUCUAGAGAAACACGUCACGGCCGCGGACGAAAACGAGCCAACGGAACAAAAGAACGUGGUGCGUCUGCUGUCAGUCGCUCUUGGACUGACGUCAUCCAACAAAUGAUUGUUGGCCAACGACGUCGUCACUAUAGACUAGUGACAUUUGUGACCAACGUUUGUUAGUGGACUUGUAUACACUUAGUGGAAGUGAUAUGUGGACAAAUGUUUGUGCAAUUAAUUUUCACCCAACAUCUGUGCUAGUGGCCGUGGUGUGAUGUGUAUUAUGUUGUGUUAUUCAACCAUUGCACAGUAUGGUGUCAAUGUUGAUAACAUUCAUUAAUAGAUAAGGUUCAGAGGCGCUAUUUCUUCAAAUUUAACACUUAAUUUAUUAUUUAUAAUAUUUUAAUAUGAUAAUUUCGCUGUUUUAUGAAUUCCCAUGAAUUAAAUUCAUAAUAAUUUCGAUUUAAAUCUAUUAGAUUUUUUUUAAUGCAAGUUGAAUGGCAAACAAGCUGACGGCCCACUUGGUGGAAAGCGGUAACCGUCGCCUGUAGACAUAAGCAGUACCAUGGACAUAACAGAGUAUACUGUUUCGCCCAUGAUACACCCCAUUGGUUGCCAUUCUUGACGACUAAGGUGUUGUCUCUGUACCCUGUAAUUUCACUACCAUAUCCCACCUUUCAAACUGAAACACAGCCAUGCAAACAUAACUGCUUCACGGUUGAAACACGAAUGGGUCAGAGGUACACAAGCAAACGACUUUUGUACAAAGCCUUCCUCUGGUGGUUGGUGCUUGGAAUAAAGAUUUUCAGUGAUAUAAGUUUUUUUUUUUUAUUUUAAAGAUAAAUUUAGAGAAAUAGCGCCUCAGAAUCGAUUCACAGUUACAACACAAGUAAAAAGAAUUACAAUAAAUUAGCUUUAUAUUACAGAAUAUUUUCUCAAAUAUUCGCCCAAUACCGUAUCUGAAUCUCCAAACAGUUGUUUCAACGACUAAUGGCGAACCAGUUUAUCUAUAGGUACGUUUAUGCUACCGCCACGCUUAAAGAACAAGAUGGCGAAAAUUAUUUAUAUUAUGUAUUCUAUAUUGCACUUAAAAAAAUAUACAGUGAUUAGUUUAACAACUUGUUAACAAGGGUGGGCUUAUCUCUAAUUUCUUUAACCCAACCCAGUGAAUUGAGAGAGAAAAUAAUUAGUGGAUAAUCUAAUGCAGGAAAGGUACAGGAAAUUUUGUUUCGAUUAAAAUGAUAAAUAAAUUGUAAAUUAAUAAAU